AGUUGUUGAAAUCCUUUCCAUGCAAACAGAAUUUUGCAUGCCCAUUUCCUGCUUUCUUCACUCUAAAUUUGUUCUCUCGAUCCACACUAUUUCUCAUCCAUACUAGUUCUUUAAUUUGUUGUUUACGGAUCUAGUAAACCACUAUUGUUCUCUUAAACCUAUAGAUUCUUAUAUUAACGUACUUUGACACUUGAAAGUUGAGAUACGAUGGAAGGGUCCUACAAUAAAACAGUAACAAUUAGUAGUAUUAAUUACGACCAAUCCCAUUUUCACUUCUCACAAUAUUUAUGCCUUUUGGUCAUCGUUCUCUUCCAGUUUAAGUUGAUCACGAAUAUCUUAUUUUUUAGAAACAAAAGAGUAGUUCCUCCUCUUCCUCCGGGACCACCCAGAAUAUGGCCGAUUCUCGGUAGUUUCGCGGACAUGUUGAGAAAUGGAACGGCGCACCAGUGGAUUCACCGUCUCAUGAAAGAGCUCAAAACUGAUAUUGCUUGUUUCCGCCUAGGAAAUUCCCACGUUAUUGCUGUGAGUUCACCGGAAAUUGCCAGGGAAUUCUUAAAGAAACAUGACGCGAUUUUUGCUUCACGACCGGAGACAAAGGCGACUUGCAUUGUCAGUAAAGCAUACCUCACAACGGCCUUGGGUCAAGGGGGAGAGCAGUGGAAGAAAAUGAGAAGAAUAUUGGUUUCUCAAGUCCUAAGCCAAUCCAAAAUGCGUAGGCUACUUGACAUGAGAAACCAAGAGGCCGACAAUCUCGUUCGGUUCCUUUAUAAUCAAUGCUCUAAGAGUUUCGAAGGUGACGAUGUUGUUGUUAGGACUGCUGCGCAGCAUUAUCCAGCCAAUGCCAUGAGAAGAAUGAUGUUCGGCAGAAGGUACUUUGGCAAAGGAAGAGAGGACGGAGGGCCCGGCUUUGAAGAAGAAGAGUAUGUUUCCUCAUUAUUUACGAUGCUUCUACAUAUUUAUGCCUUCUCUGUGUCAGACUACUUUCCAUGGUUGCAAAGUCUAGAUUUAGACGGCCAUCAGAAAACGGUAUGCGACGCCGUGAAAGUCGUCGAUAAGUAUCACGACCCAAUAAUAACCGAUAGAAUUCAAGAAUGGAGAGGAGGGAAGAAGACACAGCCUGAAGACCUCCUUGAUGUUCUCAUUUCGCUCAAAGAUUCCAAUGGCAACCCUCUUUUGUCUAAAGAUGAGAUUCGAGCACAAGUCAUGGAAAUAUUUCUUGCAACGGUAGACAAUCCAUACAACGCAGCAGAGUGGGCGCUAUCAGAAAUGAUCAACCAACCAAAUCUAAUCGAGAAAGCGGUGGAAGAACUGGACAGAGUUGUAGGAAAGGACAGGCUGCUUCAAGAAUCCGACAUCCCUCACCUCCCAUACGUGGUGGCAUGCGCCCGGGAGGCUCUCCGCCUCCACCCGGUGGCGCCAUUCAACCUCCCCCACGUGUCCUCUGCCGACUGCACCGUUGCCGGCUACUUCAUCCCCAAGGGCAGCACUGUCUUGCUUAGCCGCCUUGGGCUCGGCCGAAACCCUGCCGUGUGGGACGACCCUCUGCGGUUCCACCCCGAGCGCCACCUGCCGGAGGGCCAUGUGGACCUUGCGGAGACGGAGCUGAGGUUCAUUAGCUUCACUAGGGGAAGGAGAGGGUGUGUAGGAGCCGGGCUUGGUUCAAACCUUACUGUGAUGCUGUUGGGAAGGCUUCUACAAGGGUUUACAUGGAGUAUACCAGUGGGUGUCGAGAAGAUUGAUUUGUGUGCCGAUGCUGGCUCACUUUUUAAGGCCACACCAUUGUUUGCUCAUGCCAAACCUCGACUGAACCCUUCAGUCUAUAAGUCCUUACUUUAGCUCUAGCAUUAUUAAUUAUCUUUGUGACUUACCACUAUAAUAUUGCCUCCUUUUUCUAGGUUUAAUCUUUUACUUAAAUUAGUUUUUUUUUUUUUUUUUUUCUUUUUCUUUGUAGCUCUUAGAGAUAGAUAAAUAAAUAAAACAUGCAAUGAGCAUACGAGUUCCAGUGGUUGGAAUCAUUGGUAUCUUUAUAGUCAA